UCAGGGCAGCAAGGAGCUCCUUAACAUCCCCAGCUGGCCCACAACUCCCAUUAUCAACUCCGUCCUCCUGAAGAGUGGAAAAGCCUGUGGAAGAGAAAAAAAUUCCCAGCGAGAGAUGGUUGGCAAGCUGCCUGACGCAUGAGCGAUAGGCUGAAUUAAGACCGGAAAAAUGAAAGCACAGAGGUGGCUAAACUCUUUGAGCCUGAAAAAUUUGGGGGCGUCCAGCAAACGACGCUUGGGGAAGCACCCCCUAAUUCCUGGCGGGAGAGCCGGAUCGUGAGGUCUACCGGAUCCCAAAGAAGAGCCAAGUGGAAAAGGAGAGCAGCGAUCAUGGGAGAGAGACGAUGGGCCGAGACCCCCCGGCUGGUCUCAAAAACCAGACCAGAGAACGGGAGCCGGAAAAGCAGAACAAAGAGAAGAAAAAACGGAGGGAGUCCUUGUCCCCCCCGUCGGCCUACGAACGAGGCACCAAGCGACCGGAUGACCGCUACGACACGCUGGCCACGGGUUCGAAGAAGAAGGUCCGCCUGAAGGACCGCAGCAAGCUGUCCACCGAAGAACGGCGGAAACUCUUUGAGCAGGAGGUCGCCCAGCGCGAGGCACAGAAGCAGCAGCAGCAGCUGCAGAGCCUGGGCAUGGCGUCCCCCCUGCCGUACGACUCCCUGGGCUACGGGGCCUCCCACCCCCCGUUCAUGGGUUACCCCCCAGGCUACCCCAUGCAGGCCUACGUGGACCCCAGCAACCCCAAUGCUGGCAAGGUGCUCCUUCCAACCCCCAGCAUGGAGCCCAUGUGCUCACCAGCCUCCUACGAGCCCUCGCAGACUCUGGUGGGCCACGCCAUGGAGACCAAUCUGGCCACCUCACAGCCUGUGCCGGUGGUCCAGCAUGUAGCAGCCCCCCUGGAGGUGUCCACGCCCCAGUACGUGGCCCCGAGUGACCCCAUGGUCCACCAGGAGCCUGGCGUGGCCGUCUUGCCCGUGGCAGCACCUGGUCCGGUCCAGGGACAAAGCUACGGCGUCUGGGACUCCAGCCAGACGACCGUGGCGGUGCAGCCCCCCUACUCUCCGGCCCAGUCCCAGCCCACCAUCUAUUACCAAGGACAGGCCUGCCCAACGGUCUACGGAGUCACCUCGCCUUACUCUCAGGCCACGCAGCCCAUCGUGCAGAGUUACGCCCAGCCAAGUCUUCAGUACAUCCAAGGACAACAGAUUUACACCACUCACCCUCCGAGCGUGGUGGUGCAACCCACAACUGCCGUCGCCACUAUUGUCACCACCGGACAGCCCCCGCCGAUCCAACAGCCAGAACUGGUAGUGGCCAACAACCUAUUGGACCUGCCUCCUCCGUCCCCUCCCAAGCCCAAAACCAUCGUCCUGCCCCCCAACUGGAAAACGGCCCGUGAUCCGGAGGGCAAGAUCUACUACUACCACGUGGUCACCAGGCAAACCCAAUGGGACCCCCCCAACUGGGACAGCCCAGAAGAUGAUGCCGGCCUGGAGCACGAAGCCGAAAUGGACCUUGGCACACCGACGUACGACGAAAACCCCAUGAAAUCUUCCAAAAAGCCCAAAACUGCUGAAGCAGACACUUCCAGUGAACUGGCCAAGAAGAGCAAAGAGGUCUUCCGGAAAGAGGCGA